AUGCUGAACGAGGGGAGCGCGGGGCCCAGCUUCGCUGCCCCAUCCACCUCGGCCAUCCCGACCGCGGGUAUUGGCCGGAUUCUGAGCACGAAGGUGGUGAAAGUGCCUGCGCCGAAUAGGAAUCGCAUACACACGCCCUAUCAAAACCAGAUGAACCCUCUAUCCGGCACCAUUCAAAAGAAACACUACACCAUUAACGUGCCGAUGCCAGGCAUAAAACCGAAAGAAUUCCCCGGCAUCGAGGGUCUGCGCGAGAUGAAGAAAUUGAGAAGGAUCGCCGUCGUUCCCACCGUGCCGCAAUCGCUGUCGUGUGAAACCAUCUUCAUCACGCAGCCGUUGCGUAACGCCCAGAAGACGCGCUAUGUGCUGCGAAUCCCGAAAAGACACGGGGGCGACCAGAUGGCCCAGCCGAUCACUAUCCCGCAGCAACAUUCUCCGAACGAGCCAAUACAUUGGAACGACGCGCCGCUGCUGGAAUAUCACUGUGUUCACAGCCAAUGCUUUUGGAAGGGAAAAACCGAGCAAGAGUUUACGGAGCAUAUGCGACGGCGGCAUCCCGAUGAUUUUGAUCAGAAAAAUAUCCCGGCUUCUCAGAAGCGCUCGUCAGGGGUCCGCUGCUCUGAAUGUGACGCAAUCGUCUAUUCUCGAGCCCUAUUGCUGAAGCAUAUGGGAACAGCGCACGGGAUAGCUCUACCCUCUUUUUCAAGGGUCUUCCAGACCGAAAGUGAUUUGCAGACAUGGCUACGAAAUGUUCGUGAAGCGUUUUGCGUGGAUUUUGUGACCGGCUCGGGUCCGAAGCAAUGGUCCAGCGGGGCCAGGAUCUCAUACCUAGUUUGUUCGAGGACCGGUGACGUGAAGGAGCGUCGGACCAAGAAAUUCUGUCGCCCCACAAGGUCGACAAUAAAAUGCGGAAAAACGUGCACUGCCUACCUAAAGACGCGAAAAGCUGAAGGUGAAGACGAGCUUGCGCCAUUUGUCGUGGAAGGAUGCCUUUAUCAUACCGGCCACAACAUUGAUCCCAAUAGAAUCGUCUUAACCGGCGAAGAAAUGGAAUCCAUAUGUGCGGCCGGCGAGAAAUUCGGCGAAAUGGUAUUGAACUAUCCAAUUCACGAAAUAAGAGAGCUUCUUGGUCCAACCGCUCCCCGUUUCCGUCUAAUAGAUGAUAGUGAACUGCUAGAAGUCCUUCCAAAGUGGAUCGAACAGUCUCUGGAGUGGAAGUAUAAGGCCGACCGGCGUACCGAAGCUGACCAACUUGCCGAUACAUUGGCCGUAUACGACUCGAGUAGAGCAGCUCAUGAGAUGAACGGUCAACAAAUUUCGUUCGGGAGGCAGCCGGAUGGGUACCGGCAUGACCAAUACAGUUAUGAGCUUUUGGAGGAGGAUCAGGAGAUGAGCGGCAUCCUCUACGAAUCCGUGCUAAACCCCGAAAACGAAAAUGAAUCUGAAGAUGAACACAUCAUUAACGUGACCGACGACUUUGACGAUAUG